AUGGUGUGUGGGGGGCAACACUGUGCGUGUGUGUUGGGGGCUGGGUUCGGAGACCCACCUCACACUCAGGGAUCUCUUCCAGUUGAUUGCCUGAACGGGGGAACCUAUGAUGGCAAGAAAUGUAUCUGCAAGAGUGAAUUCAAUGGGCCGCAGUGUGAGUUUGCCGAGGAUGUUAUACCCACCAACGUGAGUACAUUCCAGGCUGAGGUGGAAGUUCAAGUGAAGGUCACCAACAAGAACUUCACGGAGGAGCUGAACAAUAAAUCCUCUCCAGUUUAUAUGGAAUUCGAGGAGCAAUUCAAAAAGCAGAUGGAUAUGGUCUACAAGAGCAUGACUGGGUACAAAGGCAUUGUCAUCCUGUCGCUGAGGCAAGGCAGUAUUGUGGUUGACCACACCGUGAUCAUCGAGGCCCCCCUGAGCAACAACCUCGACACCACCUUGGCAUCCAUCACCAAGCAGGUGGUGAAGCAGCUGGAGGACAUCAACACAACAACAGGUAACUGCACAGGUAGGCGGUGGGGGUUUGGCCCCUACCAUGUGGGGUGA